AAAGAAGAAGAAGAAGAAUAUUUUCGCGUUCACGUGGUUCUUUUUAAUUAUGUAUUUUGCAAUCGCUAAAAUUUUAAAUGGGUGAUCUAAUUUUGUUUAUAAUUACUAUAAGAUAGGUGAACAAUGUAUGACAAAACAAAUGCUGACCCUUGCAGUGUAUGCGGUGGAACGGAUACAAAACUUGUGGAUGGUUUCUAUUAUUGUGUUGAAUGUGGAACUCAAGAUGUUAACAUUAGACAAACUUUAAUUGAAAAUAAAUCAUUGGCCGAUGGAACUUUUACAAUCAGACAAAAAAGAAAGUUGACUACCAAAAUUCAAGAAAACAAUAAAUUAUCUGGAGAAUGGCACAAAUGGCAUUCUUAUAAUUUCAUACUGGUGGGUUUGGCCGAUGAGCUUAUAGCUGCUGGAGCAAAACCAAGCUUUAAAAUGAAGGUCCUAUGGUUGUGGACAGAAUACAUCAAAAAAUUUCAAAACAAGGAAGAAUUAGGGUUAUCAAUAGAAAAUCAAAGAAACUAUUCAGAUGUUGUAGAAGAAUCUCAUGAAGAAACAAUGAAGAGAAAGAAAAAGUCAAAACCACUAAAAAUGACCAAGGACCUGUCUGUUAUGAAGAAAACUUUACUAUUUAGUAUAUUAUACAUUGCAUUGAAUUUGGAUGACAGUGAAAUACAAAUGUCAGAUUUAAUGAGGUUCUUAAGAGAGGGUAGAUUAGAUUUGACAAAUUGUAAGAAAUAUAUACCUAAAGAAAUCAAAGUCAAGCUUGUACCAGGGUGGGCUACUUUUAACAAGAGUUCUUAUAGCGACAUCGAAGAUGCUAUGCUGACCUCACUUUCAUUACUUAACUGUUUCAAUAUCGCGCCUCGUUUGCCUGAUUUAAGAAAAAUGGUUGACAAGUUUAUAAAAGAGCUGUGCCUUCCUGCAGACUUCAAAAAUUUAGUGUUAUCCCUUAUGCAACUAGUCCCCUGUGAUUACCUUGAAAUUAAUAUUUCUGAGAUGAAAAGCAUGUUGCGUCUACCAUCAUAUGAAUGUGUAGUCAUGUCCUAUGUUUUGGUCGCUUUCAAGAUGUGUUUUGGUUUAGACGAUGAUUAUGAAUAUAAAGUGUCCGGUAUAGUUGAUAGAAUAAAUCAGGAUAAUUGUUACUUAAAAUCUUACAAAUUAGGAUCUUAUUCUGAACCAACUGGUAGACUGUUUUCAUUUAAGGAGUGGUGUAACUUUAUACAAGUAAGAAAAAUUAUACUGUCUAAAUAUUAUUUACAUAUGGCUGAGGGGUACUUGCAUGAUUUUGAUGACUAUGUGUACAUGGAGCACACCCAACAAGCAACACAAACAAAGUCAACAAAAUUGACAGAUGAAAUCAUUAUGAAAUUGUUAGAAAGAUUACCCUUUAAAAGUGAAGUCAAAAUUAUACCAAAAAGUGAGUUUAAACCAACGAUAACACCUUUGAGUACAUAUACCGAAUUAGUUAUGGAAUACUUUAAUGAUCCAGAUUUGAGAUUAAUGUUCAGUGAAGAUUUUACACAAUAUUCUCUUAUGUAUGCAGUUGAAAAUCUGUAUUUGCAAGACACAAAUGGUGUAAGAAACAUUCUACAAGGGAUCAAUGAAAGAAAUAAAUUGAUAAAACCUGAAAUCUAUGGUUUAUUACAAAGUAAAACCCUGAAUGUCGAAAAGGUUUAUGUGAGAAACUGUGAUAAUAAAAAUUGGCAUAUAACCAACCAACCAAAGGCAGAACAUGUACAAAAAGUUAAAGAAAGUAAUGGUAACGACAAACACAGUGAUCAUGGAUAUGAUUCUAAUACAGAAAUUGAGUCAAGUGAUACAGAAUUAAACUGCAAAGAAAUUUCAGAUGAAUUUACUGAGGAUAAACUUGAAACAAAAGUAACACAUGAAUUAAUUAUAGAGGAAAAUAUUGACACAAAUAUAUUUGAUGAAGAUUUUGAUGAAAUUAUGGAACAAUGUAAAGUAGAAGAAGUCGAUGAGGUAUUGGAUCAUUUGGAUAUACAGGACUCAAGUAUUCCUAAUAAUUCGGUGACUCAAAAUAAUGGUGUAAAUGAUAAUCUCUAUAGUGACAAUAUUGAUGUGAAAGAUGAUGAAUCUUAUUGGAACGAGGAUCCCGAGUUAUCGUUUAAUCCAAAUACAUUUAACAGAGAAAGAACGAUACGAGAAUUAGUCCUGGCAAGUUGCAAAAAAUAUAAAAUUAAGAUUCCAAAAGAAUAUGACACUAAACAACCUAAGAAAAGGAAACCUGACUUUGUAAAAGAUAAAGCUGGUGAAAGCAGUGCUAAAAAACCGAGAAUCUCUAAUCCGAAUAGGAAAUAUACCAAAUCCUCAACAGUUAAGGAUGAAGUGAACGAGCUCAUCGCAGCUUACUAUAAGAAUUUACAGCAUGACGUACUAUUCCAAUUAUCAGAACAUGUAAAGUCUGUUGUUAAUAAUAAAGAUGAUACACAAGAAUCGCAAAAUUUGAUGACAGUGCCAGGUGACGAAACUUUUGAUGCUGUUGAUGAUAAUGAAGCACAUGAAAAUAUUGAUAAAAGUGUUAUUUUAGAUGGAAAUGAUAGUGUCCAAUGUGUAAAUGAACAAGAUCAAGAUGAAGAACAAAACAAAGAACAAACGAACGAAGCGAACAAUAGUGACCCCAAAUUUAAUGAGAAAGUGUAUGAUAUAAGACAACUUUAUGUGAAAAUUAAUGAUGAAAGUGAUACCGAUGAUCCAUUUGAUAUCAUUGGGGAUCCUGUAAUUUCUGAGAUUUUAGACAGAAAAAUAGAAGAGAUAGAAAAAAACAAAAACUCAGCAAAAUUUAUUCAACAAAAACCAGAGAUAAAUAAUGAUGAUAGCGACGAUGAUAUACCAUUGAGUAUUUUGAGAGAUGAAAAACUCACGAUGAAUAAACCAAAAGCUAAUUUGGAACUUUUAGUAAAAAAAUCCACAGAAAUAAAAGAAUUCAAUUAUUGGAAGAGAGAUUAUGCAGCCAACAAAUUGAAUAAAUCGCAUAAUUUAAAUGAUGUAUUCCAUCAGGAAUUGGACACCAAUUUUCCUAAAAGCUUUUAUUUUGUUAUAAGAGAGUGUGCACUCAUGUUGGAAACCACGCCUUAUUUACUAUAUAAAGCUAUGUUAAAUUUGGAAAAUCGUUUAUUAGCAUUGUAA